GGCUAUCGUCGUGAGUCAAAGUUUAGCUUGUUAUGUAGCCAUGUACGUUAGCCGACUGAUUUUUGUAACGGUGGUUCUUAUUUCAGCCUAGUGUGAUACUCGAUGACAUAGUGAAGGUGCAAAAAGGUGUUGUCGCUUAUUUAUUAUACCUGAUAUACACAUUUUUGCGUAUCCUUUGAGCGCUGACAAGCGCGACAAGCUAGCUGUGUAGCUACUUAGCUAGCCAGCGAGCUAACUUAGUAACAAGAGUUAUUCCAAAUGACCUAUUGUAUCAAAAGCUGAUCUUGUCGAGACAGCCAGCGGACUUAAAUGGGUUCUGUCACAGCAAUGCCAUCAACCAGGCUCCUGUGUUUGUUACACGCGAAAGCAGUAGGCUCAACCACAGCGUUAGCUAGGGCAGGCUGGAGUGUGUGCUUCAGGAGAAAUGUCUGCAGUUCACCUUCAAGACUACAGAGCUGUAUGUCAGCCUGGGUCAUUCAUCAGUAUGGUACUAAUGGGGUUUUGAGGUACACAGAAGAAGUCACCGUCCCCACCGUCAGUUCUUCCAGUGAUGUGAUGAUUAAAGUCCAUGCGGCUAGUCUCAACCCUCUUGAUAUAUCUAUGAGGGGUGGUUAUGGGGCUAAAUUGCUUAAAUUAAGAAGGGACCCAUUGUCAGUAAUGGCAAUUGAUAGUGAGUUUCCUGUGAUUCUGGGCCGUGAUGUGUCUGGUGUAGUGGUGGACUGUGGAUCUGAGGUUACCCAUUUUGUUCCAGGAGAUGAGGUGUGGGCUGCGGUUCCUCCAUGGAAACAAGGCAGUCUGGCAGAAUUUGUGACUCUAACAGAGUAUGAGGUCUCCCAUAAACCAAAAUUACUGAGUCACACAGAAGCAGCAUCCAUCCCCUACGUAGCCAGCACUGCUCUGUCUGCGCUUGUCAAUACAGGUGGCCUCUGCAGAGACAGCUCUUCAAAUAAAAGAGUUUUGAUCACUGGAGGAUCGGGAGGUGUUGGAACAUUCUCUAUUCAGUUAUUGAAGGCCUGGGGUGCCCAUGUGACAGUUACCUGCUCUCAGAACGCCGAAGGCCUUGUUAGAGGGCUGGGAGCCGACGAGGUGGUGGACUACACGGCAGGAGAUGCAGCUAAGCAACUAGAAAUGAUGGAGAAGUUUGAUGUGAUUUUGGACAGCGUGGGUGGGGAUUCAGAGCAGUGGGCGAUGGGCAUGCUGAAGCCCUGGUCUGGUGCAAAGUACGUCACACUGGUAACACCUUUACUCCUCAACACCGAUUCCAUGGGCCUGCUGGACGGGACAUUUCACACUGGAGUCAUCCUGCAGAGCAAGGCCAUACAGAACAUGAUAUCAAGUGGAAUCUUCUACCGGUGGGGAUUUUUUGCUCCAGAUGGGCCCGCCCUGGACGAGGUCAGCAAGCUGGUGGAUACAGGGAAGAUACUGCCAGUGGUGGAGGCCCAGUUUCCAUUUACCCAGGUGCCCCAGGCUUUUCAGAAGUUGGAGGAGGGCCAUGCCAGAGGGAAGACCGUAGUCAGGGUGGCUGAAGAGGAUGACAAACAGGCCGAAGAGUUGGUGCAGAACAGUCGCACAGAGACUGCAGAGUCAGAGCAAGAGGUGGCCAAGCAAAACUAGAGACCGUCAGCAGAGUGCCAAGAGACCUUUACAAGGCUGCUCUUGACUGCAGCAGACAGUAUUUUUCAAAGCGAUCAGAGCAAGAAGAAGCGCGACCUGAGCUUGUAACCUGAGCGUGCCAAAGAUACUUUAAAGCUUACAUCCUCCUGUACAGUCAUGACGUUUGCACAAGAUGCUCGUGUUAUUAUGCUGCGUUCAUGUCAUGGUGUAGUUACUAUAAUUAUCAAGUGCAUACUAAUAUAUACCCUUCAGGUCAACAUCCAGCUGGUAAUUACAGAUCAGCUUGUGGUAGCUUUCUGAUGCAAUCUAUCCAACGAAGAGUUAAAAAUGUCUGUAAUAAUUGUAGUCAGCACUCCAGUACCAGGUGAAGCAGAAGCAGCAUGUUAAGACGGGUAGCUACUUCUCAAUGUUGAGUAUGUAAGCACGGGACUUUCCCACUGUCAUGUUAAAUCUCAUUAAUGCAGCAUACAUUAAUUGUGCUGAACAAAAGUUAACCAUUCAACAUCUGGGGGAAACCAAAUAAUGAAAUAAAUGUGCAAUUAGACUACAUCGUUGUAAACUGAGUGCAGCUCAAUGUAUUUAAGACAUUUAUUGACAAAAAUACAUUUAUUCUGUGAACAAAA